CUCGACCUACUGCCCGGACGUCGUCGGGGACGCGUGUCCGAAGGGGGAUACUACGGUGCUGGCGGGUGGAUAUGAUUAUCUGAGUUUGGCGGUUAUGGUGCCUGGCGGCCAGCAGGGUAUGUGAUGUGCCAUAUUGUUCUUCAACAAAAUGUAGUAGUUGGCAGAUGGAGGCUAAUCGUUACUACAGUUUACGUCGCACCCGAUGGCUCCCUGAGCUACACGCAAGCGCACUCGGCGUACAUCCCCGAUGGCUCGAUUCUCGACGGCUGGUCUCGCACCGAGAGUGAGUCGUUCGGCCACCUGAUCUUCAGAGAUGGAUUGAUUGCUUGUCCGACGGGGGAGGAUGAAAAGGGGUGGCAGGUUUUCGGAAACAUUGCUGGGGUUCAGUUUGAUCCUGCUUGUCUUGGGUUUAAUGCCGUCACUGGUGAGUUAUUGAGUGCUUCUGCAGUGAACCGAGUGUAGAAUGGGGAACUGACAAUGGACUAGUAAAUACGACCGAUGUUGGUGCUUGGCAGUAUACUUAAAUGCGGUAUGAUUAGAUAUCUGGAGUUGAGAGCUCGUGCUCUGUGAGAAGGAGAGAUGGUCGUCGUGA